AACCGCUUUGCUUCCGUUCAGUUCGGAACAGUCCAGUGAGUAGACGAAACGCGCGUUCACGCAGGUGCCGCUGAGAAGUGUAAAUAUUACGAUUCUCAAUCUCUCCCUCUCGUGCUGAUUUCACGACAUUGACAUAGGAAAACGGUGAAGCAUAAAACAACCCUCAGUCAUACAGUAGGUUACUGGGAAGUGGGCGUUCGGAGUGUCCUGGCAAGUGAAAAGUGCCAUUCGUGAUUGUAUGUGAAGUGUUCUUAUCGAGCAAAAAGGCAAGAGAUAUUUAUCGUCUUCGUCAUUAACUCGUCAAGCAAUUACACAACGCAUAAGGAUCCUGAAGCGAGAUAUCCCAUUCAAUUCAGAUUGGCAUUAGAUUUGCAGACUUAUUUUAAGUAAUAAAAUAGACGAAAAACGGGAAAUCGAUUUUUCUCGAUCUCGUAGAGCGCAGCAGUAAUAAUCAGUUCAGCUGAUUUGAAGGGCAAACCGUAACACAAACAAGUGAGGGUGUUCGAUUAGCUUGGUGAUAAAAAAUGCUGAAAAUGCACAAUCUCAGAAGUCGGUGUAACACCACAGUGCAACUUUUCACAUCCAACUUUCAAUUCGGGAUACGAGCUACGGUGGCGGUCAGUAACAAUUUGUCCACCCUAGCUGAAGCUAAGCACACCCCAUUGCAUCCAAUUCAGUGGAGAACACAUCCUCAUGAAAAGUACAAUCGGAGGAUUUUCGGAAAGAAUCACCCGAUAUCGUUGAAACUCUACAGCGACGAUCAUCGUCGAAACAUUCACGAUUCUGCUGUGAUUCAUGUACCUGUUUUACCUAAUAAAAUCUAUAGUAAACGCGCAGCUUUCUACAAAGACUAUGCAAACGAUGGCUACAAUAAUGCAAAGGACUUUCAAAGUAGGAGACAUUUUUCAAUGGUCUUGAUACAACGAGAUGCCGACAAAAAGCAUGCUGAGGACCUGCUGUUCGAUAUGUUCAAAAAUGAAGAUACGGGGUUGCUCAAUAUUGGCAAAUUCCUGGCGGCUCUUCGAACAACUGGAAUUCGCAGAAAUGAUCCCCGUAUCGGUGAGAUGAUGGAAAAUCUUAAGAAGGUGCACAAAUUGAACAACUACGAUGGUGGAUCCCCACUGACACAGAAUCUUAACGCAGAAACGUUCAAAGCAGUUAUCGCACCCAACAUCGUCCUUAUUGCUCGAGCCUUCCGACACCAGUUUGUGAUUCCAGACUUUCAGGGCUUUACGAAAGAUAUCGAGGAAAUUUAUUGGAAGUGUAAAAGUAACACUGACGGGAAAGUUGCAAGCUAUAUACCUCAAUUGGCUCGUGUGAAUCCAGAUUACUGGGGUGUGAGCAUCUGUACAGUAGAUGGUCAACGGUUCUCAAUGGGAGAUUCCAAUGUGCCGUUUACUCUACAAAGUUGCAGUAAACCAUUGACAUACGCUAUUGCUUUGGAGAAGCUAGGAUCGGAUGUCGUCCAUCAGUAUGUAGGCCAAGAACCAAGUGGGCGAAACUUUAAUGAAUUGGUGUUAGAUUACAACAAAAAGCCCCACAAUCCUAUGAUCAAUGCUGGGUCCAUUCUAACAUGCUCGCUGCUGAAGACCCUAGUUCAUCCGGAGAUGACCCUAGCUGAAAAGUUUGACUAUACCCAGAAUUGGUUUAGCCGUAUGGCUGGUAACGAAUCCUUAGGAUUUAACAACGCAGUAUUUCUGUCCGAAAGAGAAGCCGCUGAUCGAAAUUACGCCCUUGGUUUCUACAUGCGAGAGCACAAAUGUUAUCCGGACAAAGCAAAUCUCCGCGAAUGUAUGGAUUUCUAUUUCCAAUGUUGCUCGAUGGAAGCCAAUUGUGAAACGCUUUCCAUAAUGGCUGCCACCCUAGCAAAUGGAGGAAUAUGUCCCUUAACAGAAGAAAAAGUACUACAAUCGGAGAAUGUAAGAGAUGUUUUGUCUUUGAUGCACUCAUGCGGAAUGUACGACUUUUCUGGUCAAUUCGCAUUUAAAGUUGGACUUCCAGCAAAAUCUGGCGUAUGUGGAGGAGUCAUGUUAGUCAUUCCAAAUGUCAUGGGAAUUUUCAUGUGGUCUCCGCCACUAGAUCCACUCGGUAACAGCUGUCGGGGUGUUCAGUUCUGUGAAGAAUUGGUGAACAUUUUUAACUUUCAUUUGUACGACAAUUUGAAGCAUGGGUCGAACAAAAAGGAUCCACGUCGUCACCGUUAUGAAACUAAAGGGUUAUCCGUCGUGAAUCUUCUAUUUUCCGCAGCUAGUGGUGAUGUAACCGCACUAAGAAGACACAAGCUUUCAGGAAUGGAUAUCACAUUAUCGGAUUACGAUGGCAGAACUGCACUGCAUUUGGCGUGUUCUGAAGGACAUCUGGAAUGCGUGAAAUUUUUACUAGAGCACUGUGGUGUUCCUCACAAUGCUAAGGAUCGCUGGGGCAACAGUCCUAUGGAUGAGGCUGAGACCUUCGGGCACACUGACGUAGUGAAUUAUUUGAAAGAAUGGAACGAAAAAGUUGAACUGGUAAAAAAGACGGAUAGCGAGACGGGCUACAAUUCAGAUCAAGAUAGCAUGAAAAGUGAUAAAUCUACAUCGAGCGAUGAAAGUGGCAAACAUCCGACAGAUAUCUUGAAGUGAAGCUGUGUGGUCCACCCCAACGUUCAACUAAAAAGAGUUACUGGUUAUAUCAGUCAAUUACAAAGAUUCUCGCACAAGUAAUAUAACUAUUGCAGCUAUUUUGCAAGACUUAAUUAGAUUUUUUUUAAGAUUAUCUUUUGUGAAAUUUUAGCAAAAAGGUAAAUUUUAUUAGCAAAAAUAUUAUUUAGCUUCGUUACUUAAAUUGUAGCAAAUUUUUCUUUCCACCAUAAAUUAUCGAUCUGUGGAAAGUGAUAAACUUUCAAUUAUGAAAUCAAGUUUGAUUUGGCUGCUAAUAAUCGGAAGGAAUAUGAAGACAAUAAUUUAGCAACUAAUUAGCAUGUAAAAUAAUCAUAUUGGAAUAGAAAUAUGCUCCUCAAACAUUACAAAGUUGGCCGAAGUCUAUUAUACUAAACUUAAAAUCGUAAAGCUCGAAUGUAUUGUGACUGUGACUGUUGUUAUAAUGGCUGUAAUAAAGGUAUAUAAACAAAAAUUGGCAAAA